AUGUUUGCUCGCACGAUCGCACGUCAGGCCGGCCCGUCCUUCCGUAUGGGUGGUGUUCGCGCCAACUCGACGCUUCCCAUCCCACCCAAGAUUGCGACGCCCAAGUCGGCCUCGGGCCCCGCCGGCUCCGCUCGCAUGGACAGCGUCGUCGAGUUCUACAAGUCGCUGCCUAAGGGUGCUGCCCCCCAGAAACGCGGCGGCGGCAUCAAGGCCCGUUACUUCGACGGCAAAAACGCCUCCGGCAAACCCAUCGUCGCUACCCUCUUCACCCUGUUCUUGAUCGGGUACAGCAUCGACUACGCUACCCACUUGCGUCACCACAAGAACAACCACCACUAG